AACCCAGAAGAAGAAAAGGGCUCGAGGGCGGAAGGGGAAAAAAACUUUAUUAUUAUUAUUUUUUCCCUUAUUUUCUAUCUGGAGCAGAAGUGAAGAGCAGGCGACUGCGUCAGCGCGGAGACAGCCGGGCGCGACCCCAACCCGCUGCGCGCGGAGGCGCUGGGCCCCGGAGGCCCGAAGGGGCGCCCGGCAUGUGGGACCCCCAGGACUUUGAGCGCCACUGGCGGGCCGAGUUCCCUGGGGAGGAGGUGCCCGUUAUGCAGCUGGACUCGGUGCUGGACAUGGAACGCGAGCUGGAGCGCAGCAAACUCAAACUGAAGUGGCUGCAACAGGUGCUGGCCGAGGAGAAGUUCAAAGCCGUCUACCUGCAGGCGGCCCUGGAGAAGCGGGACCUCGGCUGCGGGCGCCCGGAGGGCGGACUCGGCGACUGCGGGAGAGCCUCCGCGGAGGAACAGGCGCCGGCCCGACCGGAGCGGGAGCCGCCGCCGCCGCCGCCGCCGCGGCCGCAGCGCGAGGAGGAGGGCGCAUUGGGCGGCGGUGAUGGAGACCCCCGGGGCCCCUCGCUCCCCGACCCGGCCGUGGCCGCCAAGACCGAGAGCCCCCCCUACGCGUGCCUGGACCUUCCCACGUGGCCCGGGGCGGCGGGGGCCGGGGGCGCGGUGCGCAGCCUGACCGCCGCCAUCCACCAGCAGCUCCUGCAGCCUCGCCUCCUCUUCAGGCCCCGGGAGGACUGCGCGCCCCCAGGCCACCAUGGCACGGCUCCCGGCGCCCGGAGAGAGGAGCGGUCAGCCGGGCUCCGCGCGGGGCGGGGCUCGGAGGAGGGCGAGGCGGACGCCGCCUCGGGCGCGGACGAUGGGGGCGACAGCAGUGACCACGAUUUCGAGAUGGUGGAUCUGAACGAGAAAUUCGCCCUCAGCCAGUUGCUUGUGGCCCCUUGCCGGCUCGGGACCUGCGAUGAGGCCGAAAAGCCGGCGCGGGCGUACGGUUCCCAUCGCUGGAUGCACCUGAUCCUCGGGGGCCGGCGGCAGGUGCGCGGGGGUCGGGACCUGGAGCAACUGGAGGCAGAGGCCAAGGACGGGCGGGGCUCGCCCCCGGCGGGAGAGGAGCCCCCCCGGCGUCGGGCUCGCGAGCACCUCCCCCAGUGGCGGCGCAAGAGGUUCCUAGGGCUGCCCGAGCGGGAUUCGCCCAGCCACAGCUCGCCCGAGAGGGGCAGUGACUGCAGCCGCAACAGCUCCGACCACGAGGACGGCUCCUUUGCAGACUUCAGUUACGGGGCGGACGACUACGACGCAGAGGGGAAUGAGGAGCAGAAGGGGCCCCCGGAGGGCUCGGAGACCAUGCCGUACAUCGACGAGUCGCCCACCAUGUCGCCACAGCUCAGCGCCCGGAGCCAGGGCGGCGGGGACAGCAUCUCCCCCACCCCACCCGAGGGGCUGGCACCUGGGGUGGAAGCAGGGAAGGGCCUGGAGAUGAGGAAGCUGGUUCUCUCGGGGUUCCUGGCCAGUGAAGAGAUCUAUAUUAACCAGCUGGAAGCUCUGUUGCUGCCCAUGAAACCUCUGAAGGCCACUGCCACCACCUCCCAACCCGUACUCACCAUCCAGCAGAUCGAGACCAUCUUCUACAAGAUCCAGGACAUUUAUGAGAUCCACAAGGAGUUCUAUGACAACCUCUGCCCCAAGGUGCAACAGUGGGACAGCCAGGUCACUAUGGGCCACCUCUUCCAGAAGCUGGCCAGCCAGCUUGGUGUGUACAAAGCAUUUGUGGAUAACUAUAAAGUCGCUCUGGAGACAGCUGAGAAGUGCAGCCAGUCCAACAACCAGUUCCAGAAGAUCUCCGAGAAUGAGCUAUCUGGAUUGGUCCAGCUUACCCCAAGUCUGCUUGACAAGAACCACCUGCACAGUUUGAAAUGCAGAUCUUCAGGCACCUUCCCUGGAGCUUCAAUUCAGAAGGAACUCAAGGUGAAAGGUCCCAAGGACUCCAGGGACAGCCACACGUCAGUCACUAUGGAAGCUCUGCUCUACAAGCCCAUUGACCGAGUCACCAGGAGCACCCUGGUCCUACACGACCUGCUGAAGCACACACCUGUGGACCACCCAGACUACCCGCUGCUACAGGAUGCCCUCCGCAUCUCCCAGAACUUCCUGUCCAGCAUCAAUGAGGACAUCGACCCCCGCCGGACUGCAGUCACAACCCCCAAGGGGGAGACGCGGCAACUGGUGAAGGACGGCUUCCUAGUGGAAGUGUCGGAGGGCUCCCGGAAGCUGCGGCACGUCUUCCUCUUCACCGACGUCCUCCUGUGCGCCAAGCUAAAGAAGACAUCAGCGGGGAAGCACCAGCAGUAUGACUGCAAAUGGUACAUCCCCCUGGCUGACCUAGUGUUCCCAUCCCCUGAGGAGUCUGAAGCCAGUCCCCAGGUGCACCCCUUCCCAGACCACGAGCUGGAGGACAUGAAAAUGAAGAUCUCUGCCCUUAAGAGUGAAAUCCAGAAGGAGAAAGCCAACAAAGGACAGAGCCGGGCCAUCGAACGCCUGAAGAAGAAGAUGUUUGAGAAUGAGUUCUUACUGCUGCUCAAUUCCCCCACAAUCCCGUUUCGGAUUCACAAUCGGAAUGGAAAGAGCUACCUGUUCCUACUGUCCUCAGACUAUGAGAGGUCAGAGUGGAGAGAAGCGAUUCAGAAACUACAGAAGAAAGAUCUUCAGGCCUUUGUCCUGAGCUCGGUGGAGCUCCAGGUGCUCACAGGAUCCUGUUUCAAACUUAGGACUGUACACAACAUUCCUGUCACCAGCAAUAAAGACGACGACGAGUCUCCAGGGCUCUAUGGCUUCCUCCAUGUCAUCGUCCAUUCUGCCAAGGGGUUUAAGCAGUCAGCCAACCUGUACUGUACCCUGGAGGUGGAUUCCUUUGGCUACUUUGUCAGCAAAGCCAAAACCAGGGUGUUCCGGGACACAACAGAGCCCAAGUGGGACGAGGAGUUCGAGAUUGAGCUGGAGGGCUCUCAGUCCCUAAGGAUCCUGUGCUACGAGAAGUGCUAUGACAAGACCAAGGUCAACAAGGACAACAACGAGAUCGUGGAUAAGAUCAUGGGCAAAGGGCAGAUUCAGCCCCCCACCCCACAGCCUGCUCCUCGACCAUUGCUUCCAGGAAGGAGUGAGUCAAGCUUGGGGAAGAGAAGGCAAAUCUGUGCUGUCCCUGGAGGAGAACCCCCAGCCCACGGGGAGGAAGGAAAGAUGAGCAUCUCAAGGGAAGAGCCUCCCAACAGCUACCCAUCUGCUAAGGCGCUUAUGUCACCAUGGAGACCAGUUGGCCAUCUUUCAUCCAAUCAGAGCUCACUUUACCCAGACAAGUGUUGAGCCUGGAGUUCCUGAGACAGACGAGUAUAAGGCUUUGGGGACAGGAUCUGCACCGUCCCCCUUCUCCCACACACCUGCUGGGGGACGCACCUUGCACAGCAUCCCCUACCUGCACCCUGUGGCAUGUGACCCAGAUAGAGGGCAGAGAACCUUAGAAAGCCAGCGAGGGGCCAGUUCUGAAGUUAACAGCUGGCAGUGCCCAGCACCGUCCACGUGUCUGCAGCAGGUGAGCAUGGUCAGCAAUUAUAAUGGCACCUUACCAGCCAGUUACACAACCAGCUGAGGGAUGCAGAACAAAGCUGGGGAGGGUGACCUUUUUUUUCUUCUGGCCCAGGCCAACCCCUCCUUCUCCAGGAAGCCUUCCCUGAUGCCCUCUGGCUAGAAUUUUUCUCUCCUUUCUCUCAACUUCCAUGGCACUUGAUCUAUACUUUCCUUGUGGCCCAAGACGGGGUUUUUGAGGGCAGAAAGACUGCUUUGUCCAUCUGGGUAUGGCACGUGGUAGUUGCCCAGCUGAUAAAUGCUAAAUGUAUGAACGCCUCUCUGUCUCCCAUUUGGAGGUGUUUAAGCCUUCACCUCCUCUCCUGUCUUGGGCUGUCAACUUUAUCAAGCACAGGCCUUUUUUUUUUUUUUGGCUGUGCUGGGUCUAUGUUGCUGUACUUGGGCUUUCUCUGUGGCGAUCGGGGGCUACUCUUCGUUGCAGUGAUCAGGCUUCUCAAAGAUGGAUCCUCUUGUUGUAGAGCAUGGGCUCUAGGCGCUCAGGCUUCAGUAGUUGCCGCACACCGGGGCUCUGCUGCUCUGCAGCAUCUUCCCGGACCAGGGAUCGAACCCAAGUACCCUGCAUCGCCAGGGAAGUCCCAAGCACAGGCUUUUGGUUCUUCUUUGUGAUUUCAAGAGUCAGGCACAUAGCCAGGCUCUAAGGCAGUGCCUCUUGAAUGAAAUGACUGGGAUGGAGAGGUGAAGACCCCAGGAAUGAGUGAAGCCUAGGAGGAGGUGGGUUUUGUGCGGCUGGUGGGGGAGGAGGGGAAGCUGCUGGCCCCUCAUGGGGCUGGAGGAAGACUCUCUUCCAAGGUAGCACCCAGGUUCCCUGGGGGAGCAGAUCAAGACAUAGGCACAUCCCUGCCUCAGUGGGCUUCUUCCCCUCACCCUCAGGGGUUACUGGGAAAACUGUGGCCCCACUGAGCUGCACCGGCUUGAGCAGCUUGGGCUUAAGUAGGGGAAGAGGGUCUGUGCAGCCUUGGCAGCUCAGCCCUGUCUGUGCUGUGCGGAAAGGGGUGUGAAUAGUGGAGCUCUGGUGGCUGAUCCAGCUACCCUGCAGGGACCACCAGAGCCCAGCAGAGUCCCAGGACCCUGCCUCCACCACCAGGGCACAGGGCAGUGCAGGGCCAGCCCCCAGCACACUGGAACAUCAUCCCGAUGGCGAGGGCCUAGCCAGACCUCUGUUCGUGGCCCAGCCUGGUCUGGGCAAGUGCUUACCUUCUCUGAACCCUUAGUUUCCUCAAAUGGAAAAUGAGGGUGCCAAGACAUACUUCCUAAGGUCAGGGGAGCUGUGAAGGGUUAGCGUGUGAAGAGCACGUGGAGGGUUAGCGUGGUACCUGUCGCCUAGUAAACUCAGUGAAGGGUUGCCUUGUCAUGACCAGGUCUUGGUUACCUCUGCGAUGAAGCCCCUGCUUUUUCCAAAAGCACCACGGGCUCCGAUGUUAACCCAAAGACCUGCGUGCUGGUUGAGAUUCAGCUGGUGUAUUCUAGAUGCCGAGGGGCUGAUUCUGGGCCCCCACCUACCUGCCCUGGGGGCCUGACCCAGCUCUUCCCCUCCCCCCCCAGCUCUGUCCCCCCAUCCCCUGAAUCCAGAGAACCAGCCACCCUUCAGUGGUAGGGAGCCCCAGGGUCUUUGGAGGAGACCUGUCACUUGCCAGCUGAGUGUCAGUGACCUCAAGCAAGAAUUUCACCUCCCUGAGUCCCAGUCCUCACAACUCUAAACGGUAACACCAGCGUCACAGAAGUCAUGAGGCUUCCACCUAAGCGGAUAUUUGAACGUCCUUUGCACGGGACUCGGCUUAUGGUUGGCACCGCUGGUUUCCUUCCUCUGGAGGGUGUGACGUCCCGAUGACUCUGGCUUGUUUGGACCCUAAUCAUCUGGGGUUCAGGCCUUUUGCUAAAUGAACACUGAUCAACUUGAGGGUGGAGGAGAGCAAGUUCUUCCUUUGCUGUCCCAAGGCACCCGGCACACACUGGCUCCCUGCCCCUUUGUCAGUGGGCCUUCUCCACCCCUCGCAGCACAGCCCCUUUUGUGGCUUUUCUGGUGAAGGCAGCAGCCAUGGUUAAAAACCACCGUGAAAGAAGCACCUCUUGCUGGACAUCCGUGACCAGUGUUAUCCUUGGAUUUUUUCGCUCAGGUCCGCAGAGAAAACCUGUAGUAGCCAAUUCCUUCGGGGCUGCGAAUGCCCAGGAAGCUGCCCAGCUAGGGGGUCUUCAUUAUUCUUUACACAGGAGGAGGUUUGUGAGUGCCAGUCCAUGUGGGUCUGGCCCCGUCCCUGAGUUGGCAUCGCUGGAGGCGUCUGGGACCAGAGUUGGGGGAGGGAAAGCAGAGCUCCAGGGCAGUCCCAGUUCUUUGCCCCGGGACAAGGGCAGCUGUUGAUGGCUCCUGGCGCUGCAGACCCCCUCUGGCUUCCCCCAGCCGCCUCCUCAAACAGCUCAGCCGCAGGGCGCCGCCGUCUGGUGGGGAAGGGGUUAACCCGGGCUCUAGUGGAGAAGGGACUGGCUGCUUUCGCCGCUUGUCAAACUUUAUUUAGUAGGGGCUGAAGGGAGGGCCUCGGGGUGGGUGAGGAGGAGGCCCGGCCUGCCAAGAGUUAAAAGCGGGAGGUUGGGUGUUUUGGAGGGGGCAGCCUCCCGCGCCUCCUUUGAGUCACUUCCUCCGGUGGGGGCGGUGGGGGCGGGGGCUCCCCGGCGGCCUCGGGCGCUGCCUGCUCGGAGAGCUCGCGCUGGCAGCCCGCUCGCCUGGCCGGACCUGGCCGGACGGCAAUCCAACCAAGCGUCUGCGGGGAGGGAGGACGCAGAGGGAGCGGAAAGGGGCGUCCCGCACCAUGCGCUUCCCUGCGCGGCGGCUCGAGUAACUGCGCCCGCCUGCCCGCCCUCCAGCGGCUCCGGACCCCCCGGCCGCCCGUGCCUCCCAGUCCUCGGAGCGGAGCUGGCCCCGCAGGCUGGGUUGCCCGUCAUCGGGCCCGGCUCUGCCGCCACCACCGGCAUG